GGACACACGACAAGGACAACAAGAUGCAUAGGAGUAUCAUACGCGUCUUUUCCUAGUCUUAGAUUAGAUUCCUUGAAGAUGGCUGUAAUUGAAAUUAUAUUGACUCAGAAAUUAUGUACUGCCGUUUUAUUUUCUUUUCUUGUUAUUUUUUGACUUUUUGUAUUUUCUUGUCGCUAUUUGUGUUCUAUGUUACCCGUUUUACUGAACAAAAUGCCACAAAUAUCAUCCCCACAAGCAAAAACAACAGUAAUAUUUCAUGCCCAUCUCAUGUUCUUUAGGCGUCUCUUUCAGUUAUUACAAAACCGUGUCCAAAUAUUCUCUCUCUUCCAUCUCUUGUUAAUCGCCGCCCACGAUCUCUGCCGGAUCGAUUCUCAGUUCAUUCACAUAUUAUCAGCUUAGCUAAGGUUAGUUCUGAGGCGAGGCGAGUCUGCAGAAAUAGACGAAAUAGUUUCCUCUCUUUGUUGUUCGAAUUAAAGGUUGAAUCUUUUUUGUUGACAUAAAAGCGUGGCUUACAUGAAUUCUGUUGGGCAAUGGGUCCAAUUAUAAGGUGAAGUUGUUUCUGGCCAUGGAUGUGUCGGUGGGCUUCUCUUUGUUUUCAGGUUUUGUGGUGAGACCGAUUGAGAAGUGGUUUAUCCGAGAUUAAUGUCGUUUGAGGCUACUUUUUGAUUGUUCUUUAUCUCCUCUUUCUUAAAACUUGUGUGUAAAUUCCGAUUUGUAAUAAAAAUGGAGACCACGAUAAAAUUGCAUAAUUUUUAUGGUCCUGUGGUGUCUGAUUUGGGGAAAAAGAGUUUGGAAUGGGAUUUAAACGAGUGGAGAUGGGAUGGUGAUUUGUUCUUGGCUGCCCCUCUUAAUCCGUUGCCGUCAGAUUGUAGAAGCAGCCAGCUCUUUCCCGUUGGAUCUGCCAACGAGGCAGCGGCUUCAAACUGUUUUCUUCCAGGCCCGGAAGAAAUGAUGCCGGGCCUCAACCCGGAAAACAGAGAUUCGGAGAGAAAAAGAAGGGUUUUCGAAAUCGAGAAUGACGAGGCCAGUGGAUCCCUCAAUCUGAAGCUCGGGGCACAAGUUCUGGAUGAUGACGUGGCAUUGCAGGGUAAAAGUGGUAAGAAGACAAAAGUUGCGGGCCCGCAAUCGGGCCGUGCUGUUUGUCAAGUGGAGGAUUGCAAAGCGGAUUUGAGCAAUGCAAAGGAUUAUCACCGGCGGCACAAAGUGUGUGACUUGCAUUCUAAGGCUACAAGCGCUUUAGUUGGAAACGUUUUGCAGAGGUUUUGCCAGCAAUGUAGCAGGUUUCAUGUCCUUGUAGAGUUUGAUGAAGGCAAGAGGAGUUGCCGAAGGCGUUUAGCCGGACACAAUAAACGGAGGAGGAAAACACACCCUGAGAAUGUGGUAAAUGCGGUUAAUAACAAUGACGAGAGGGGUAGUAAUUAUUUAUUAAUCAGCCUGCUAAGGAUACUCUCCAAUAUACACUUUGGUUCAAUGUUUACAUCGCCUCAUUCUGACUUAGAGUUUAAUCAGCUUCUCAUGUCCAAUAGCUCCGAUCAAUCAACAAAUCAGGAUCUGCUGUCUCAUCUUCUGAGUAACCUUGCAAAUCUUGCUGGUGCAGCUAACGGGAGUAAUAUUGCUGAAGUCCCUGUAUCCCAGGGGUUACAAAGCAAGGAUGUUACUACGCCAGUUCCAAAUGAUGCAUCCGUUUCACAGUCAACUUCAUGCUUCCCAACAAAUGCAAGCAACUCAACCAAGGAGUAUACUACUACAGAAGGAAGGACAAAAUUGAAUAACAUUGACUUGAAUGAUGCGUAUGAUGAUUCUCAAGACUGCAUGGAAGAGCGUACAAAUGUCAAUGCACCAGAAAAUCUUGUUAGCAUACCUUGUAAUGGCCCAUUAUGGUUGUAUAAGGAUUCUCAACAAUCAAGUCCACCUCAGAUUAGUAGGAAUUCAGGUUCCACAUUUAGCCAGUCACCUUCUACUUCCAGUGGAGAGACACAGAGUCGAACUGAUCGUAUUGUCUUUAAACUAUUCGGGAAAGAUCCAAGUGAUUUUCCUCUGGUCUUGCGGAAACAGAUUCUUGAUUGGCUAUCCAAUAGUCCUACUGACAUAGAAAGCUACAUUCGCCCUGGUUGCAUUAUACUGACUAUAUAUUUACGUAUGGAGAAAUCCAGCUGGGACGAGCUUUAUUGUGAUUUAGCAUCCAGUUUGAGGCGGCUUCUCGACUCAUCUACCGAUCCAUUCUGGAAAUCGGGAUGGAUAUAUACUCGAGUACAGCAUCAUGUGACGUUUUUGUAUAAUGGCCAACCUGUUCUAGACACACCCUUACCCGUAUUACACCAUAGAAAUUGCCAUAUAUCAAGUAUCAAGCCAAUUGCUGUUACUGUUUCCGAUACUGUUAAGUUUUCUGUCAAAGGAUUCAAUUUAUCUCGUUCUACCUUGAGGUUGCUAUGCACAUUGGAAGGAAAUUAUCUAGUUCAGGAAAAUUUUGCCGAUACAACAAGAGGUGCAGAUUCUUUUGAGGAACAUGAUGGAAUGCAGUCCUUUAACUUCUCUUGUGUCAUACCAGAUAUAGUUGGAAGAGGAUUUAUUGAGGUCGACGACCAUAGUCUGAGCAGUAGCUUCUUCCCCUUCAUCGUGGCCGAGAAGGCCAUCUGCUCUGAAAUUCGCAGUCUUGAAACCAUAUUUGACGUUGACAACACUGAAGAAUUAGAAGAUAGGAACCAAGCUUUGGAGUUUAUACACGAAAUGGGUUGGCUUCUCCACAGUUACCGCCUAAAGUGUCGGUUAUCAGGUCAAAGCAUUGUUGAUAUUGACCAGAAAUCGUUCUCGUUCGAACGCUUCAGAUGGUUGGUCGAGUUCUCAGUCGAUCACGACUGGUGUGCAGUGGUCAGAAAGCUCUUGAAUAUUCUGUUUGAUGGCACAGUGGAUUCGAAUAUAGAGAGGCUUCUGGAGAUUGGCCUUCUCCACCGAGCAGUGAGAAGGAAAUGCUCGUCCAUGGUGAAAUUUCUUUUGAGUUACCUUCCGAGUGGAGUCACGGACAAAAAAUCCGGGCCCUUACAGUAUUUGUUCAGGCCCGAUGCCAUGGGGCCCGGUGGCUUGACUCCUCUUCAUAUAGCAGCCUGUUUGGAUAGCUGCCAGAGUGUAGUUGAUGCCUUGACUGAAGAUCCUGGACACGUGGGAAUUAAAGCCUGGAAAACUACUAGAGACAGCAGUGGACUAACGCCUCACGACUAUGCGCGCCUACGUGGCCAUCACUCGUACAAUAAUCUCGUUGACCGGAAAGUCAACCACAAAUCAGAAAGCGGACAUGUCACCGUCAACAUACUCGAUGUAGCUAGUAACUUUGGUGUGGCUUUCGAGUGCGAGAAAAAGAUGCCAAAAACCGGGCACGAAAAAGUGUGCGGGUCGUGCAGGGCAAAGAGACUAUUGUUCAGCCAAGAAAAGUGCUCGAUAGCAUCAUCAUCACAGUCCUCUGUUAAGUUAUAUCGACCAGCAAUGGUGUCAAUGGUGGCCAUUGCUGCUGUUUGCGUGUGCACAGCUUUGCUUUUCAAGAGCUCGCCUCAUGUGCUCUUUAUGAUGUGUCCCUUCCAAUGGGAGCUACUCAAGUUCGGGUCCGAGUAGGACGAUUAGCGCGUGUACAUUUUGAAAAAGUUAUUAAUUUUUACGUGCGAUGUUCAUGCCGAUUUAGGGGAUGAUGGUUUAACUUAUGGUUAUGUAUGUUGUGUGUUUGGUGUCACAGGCUUUUAAAUAAUAGCAGUGAUGAUAUUUAUUAUUGUAAUUGUUAUUGGUCAUGCUAGUAGGCUCAGUGUAUUGUGUGGCUACACUAUGAAGGGUGAGAAUGACAAUUGAGAUGUAUUAUCAAGAUUUUUUUUUUUUUAAUUUUUUAUUUGGAAGAAUUGCAUUAUGAGUGGUUGUACACUUCUACUUCUGUUUAUGUUGUUUUAAAAGUAUGAUAUUUUCUUAUGAAAGUAUGCAUUUUUGUAAAACGUCAAAGAGUG